CGCCCAGGCGACUAUUCCCUCGAUCUCAGAGAUGGUUACAGUGCACGUGGAGUACACCAGGAACCCUCCAACCUUCAGCAACUCCACAGCCUGAGGACAGCAUCAAUCAAGAACAUUUUAACCCAUUUUUUUACCCAAAUAACUCUAUUCAAAAUUUUUUCGCGACGCAUGCCCCUUGCGGCGUAUGAUUGUUGCGACUUUUGACCCUCGCGAGGUAUGACCCUCGUGACUCUGAACAGACGGCAUUUGCAGACCUGGUGAAAAUAUCAUCGUUUCGCAUUAUGCCAAUGAAGGGCGCCAAAUAGGUUUCUGACAUGGCGAAAAGCUCGAUAACCUUAGUUCAUAUCCACUCGCAGAUUCACAAUGAACGACAGCACGUGUCGAAUCUAUUAACCUAACAAAAAUGACAGAUAUAAACAAAAUAUCCACCAACACAAGAAAGUCGUUCUUUAAAAAUUCAGAAGAAAUCGAACGGGAAUUGAAAAAUGAUCUCAGGAAAAUUCGUAUCAACAGUGGAGAAAAUAUCGAUGAAAAAGCAGUUCACGAGAAAUAUGAGGAAAUGAUGAAUUGGCUGGAGACAGCCCCCAAAAAUACAGUUUUGAGGUCCAAUAGUUCAUUCAAUAGUUCUGAUGAGCUGAUACAAAUUUUGAAAAAAUCCUGUGAACACAAAAAUGAAGACUUCAAUUUUUCCACAUUUCAUAAAAUUCCAGAAUUAAUAAUUGUUGAUAAAAAACGUGAUUCUGGAGUUUCUGGAAAAUCUGCAAUAAUUCUUUACCCAAAGGAGGCGAUUGUGGACGCUGUAUGUGGUUCUGCAGUUCUCAGAGGGGCUCAUGUAUUCGCACCUGGUGUUAUGGGCCUCAGCUCAGGGUCAAAAAUCGGAGACCUAGUGAGUGUCUUCGCAGACGCCUCAGGUGCCUGCAAGAAAGGCCUCUCAAAGCAAUUCCUCGAGGAAAAAAAAUUCCUGGGGAAUGGAAUUCUCCUCCAAAACCGGCACUCGAUCUUCCUCGACGGAGGGAGUGGCACAGGGAUCGCGAUAAGAAUGACCCAGACCAUGUCGGACGUUCCUCAACUAGUCGAGGAAGACAUCCCGAGGGGUUCUGCUCUCCUCCAGAACUUCCCCUCGAUCAUCUGCUCCAGAAUCCUGGACCCUCGUCCUGGGGACGCAGUUCUCGACCUCUGCGCAGCCCCAGGGAACAAAACCACGCACUUAUCCUCCCUCAUGAAGGACACGGGAACCCUGAUCGCCCUGGAGAAGGUCAAAUCAAAGAUCGAAAGGUUGCAAAAUCACUGCAGAGACUUCAACUGCAGAAAUGUUCGAGUUUUCUGCGUCGACUCCACGAAAUCAGUCGACUCGCAGGAAAAAACCCGAAAGAUCGAGGAUGGACCGCCAUUCUCCAGGGGUAGUUUCGACAGGAUCCUCCUGGAUGGGCCCUGCAGUGUCCUUGGAAAACGACCCCAGAUUUUGAACAAGAUAAAUUGCAAAGAAUUGAGAUCCUUCGUUCCCCUCCAGAGAAAACUAUUCUCCGCUGCUGUGGAGGUGCUGAAGGUUGGAGGGAUCCUGGUGUACUCCACGUGCACUGUAACCAUCUCUGAGAACGAGGGAAUAGUCGCCUGGGCGUUGAAGACAUUCCCCAGCCUGGAAUUAACGUCUGCCAGGGAGAAAUAUGAGUCGUUUGAGUUGGGAGCGUUUGCUGUGUCACCAGGGUACAGGAUCGAUGGUCUCACCCCUGAUGAUGCUGAGAAAGUACUGCGAUUUGGGCCUCAGAGUGACUCUGUAGGAUUUUUCAUAGCGUCUUUCAGGAAGAGAUGAGUUAACAAAAUGAACGAUGAAAAAUUGAAAAUAUCCAGGGGAAAAUUAGUCAAUGAUCCUUGGUGAUGGGUUGAGAACCUGAGGAGAUGGACAGACGAAGAUAGUCUCAUUGAAUAGCCAGGGAAAUUCUCCAAGCCAUUGAUAAAAAGACGAGCCUUCCAUCUCUUCCACCUCUCGAGAUGCAGCCGACAAACAUUUCCACCCAAAGACUUGUUCUCGUUGUGUCUCCUCAAGUCCUCAACCAAAACCAAUCGUCAAUCAGAGCUUUCCAAAUGAACGUCCAGUCUAAAUUAAUUAAUUAAUUAAUCAUUUUAUCUAUCGUCCGAUCACAGAAAAUUCUCAAAAAUUCGUUAUUCGAAUCUUCUAAAUUAUCAACUAAUCAUUUCUUCUUGAGCUCCCGCUUGGCAUCCUCGAUCCCCUCCUUGAUAUUACUCGCAUAUUUCCUCGCGAUAUUUCUCAGCUGCGCUGCAAAUUCCCUGGGGUCAGCCGACAGUUUCUGCGCUCCAUGAAUCGACUUCGUCCUCAACCAGAUGUAGACGACGAAUUGGGCUGCUCGUCUCAUAGGUUUGCUCUCAGCCAGUUUCGACACUAGGCGUUCGUUAUUCGCCAGAUACCUCAUUAAAAAUCUCAACAUUUUGGAUCAAUUAAUUAUCUCUAUUUAUUAUCAAUCGAUUGAUUCCUUCUUUUCUGGUUCUUCUGGAUUUUUUUCAGUGCUUGAAUAGUCUCUUGGGAUCCUUUCUCCACUUCUUUCUGAAGAAUUUGGUGGGUUUUUUUAAUAACAAAAAUAGUCUUUCGAUGAUUCUGUCGACUUAAUUAAGAGACUUUUGGCACUUCGAAGGUGCACAUGUUACGGUAUUUCAGCAGAAGCUCUCGUUUCAGUCUCAAUUGUUUCCUGAGGGUCUCCAGCUUCUGCAAUUGCUCUUCCUUGCUGUAUUCUAUGCCUGGCAGACGCUUUAUCUGUGAAGAAUAAUUAAUUUUAGGCAUUUUUCAUUAUUAUUUUAUUCACUAAAAUUAAAAAAAAAAAUUCUGCUUUAAAAAAACUAGGGAAAUUAAUUUUUUGGGGUUUUGGGGGUGAGGAAAUGAGGAAAGGAGAUGAAAACUCAAGAUUCCAUUUCAAAAAUUCAAUUUUUCGUGUAGAAUUAUCAACAUAAAAAAUUAUUUCACGCUGUUCGUUAAA